AUGGUGGAUCCAGUAAUUUUCACUCCAAGCAACCAACAUUCCUUCGUCAUAUUUCUUGAUAUGGACACAAAUCCAAACCGUACUUACUCUCACUCUGUUUCUGCUCAGGUACAGUGCAUAUCUUCUGAUGAAUACAAGGCCAAUGAAGAUGAUGAUACAUGGAACGAGUAUUCAGAUUCCAAGAACAUUGCGUCUAAGAAGAAACCGAGAACCAAAGCAGAGUCUUCCUCAGAAAAAUCUGAUCUUGUCGCGCACGUCACGUCUUCAAACCUAAGCCGAGAUAGAUUGUGUCUUUUAAGGGGUUUUGCGAGAUCGAANGGCUUGAACCAGAGAAGCUGUGAGAUUGAUCUGAUGAAUCCACGUGGAAAAUCAUGGACACUUGGUCUGAGAUACAACACUGUAACUGAUCAGGUUUGUAUCAGAGGAGGCUGGANAAACUUCUGUUUCNCAAAUGGGCUUGAAGCUGGAUCUUUCUAUAAGUUNAAACUUGAAAGAAACGGGACAAGACCUUUGCUAAGAUUGUGUUCCGACACAACUCCAGUAGGAAACUGUUCCAAGGCGAACGGAAAAGAUAAUCUUUCGGCAAAACCUAGCAGUGAAGAGAGUGCUUUGACGAAGCANAACAAGUUUCUGACAUUAACCUUUAAGCCUUACAUGCUCAGCUCAGGUCAACUUCGUCUUCCGAGAGACUUUUCGAGCGAGAACGGGAUCAAGAAGGCAGGAGAGAUUACUCUAAUGGACAAAAAUGGAGUAAAGUGGCCGUCGUAUGUCAAUGAACAACAAGGAGGGUUUUAUAUGNCAAAAGGUUGGAGAAGUUUUUGUGCAGCCAACGAGUUUAAGGCAGGAGAGACCUUCACGCUNGAGUUUGUUCGAGGAGAAGACACGACUCCUAUGCUCANGUUCUGCUCCAAGGACAAGGUCAAGGGGUUGAAGAAGAAGAAGAUUCUGAAAAAGAAACGGAGACUCGGGUCCAAAAAAGAGCUCGAGUUUCUGCAGAAGGAGGGGCCUCUCGCCGCACUCUUGCAUCAAACAAAUCCAGUGCUGAUCCAGGAAUGCAACCGAUUCAACCUUGCUCAAUCUCUGAUCAACUGA